UGCCACGUCAUCCGCCGCUCCGUCACUGAUUGAGGAACACAAAGAUGGCCGCCUCCAUCAGGGAUAAACAGACAGCUGCCUUGAAACGGAUGCUGAAUUUCAAUGCCCCUCCUAUGAAAAACGCUGCAGCUGAGCCGGUAUGGAAGGUACUGAUCUACGACAGGUUUGGACAGGAUAUCAUCUCCCCCCUGCUGUCUGUGAAAGAGUUACGAGACAUGGGCAUCACCUUACACCUGCUGCUGCACUCUGACCGUGACCCCAUCCCUGAUGUUCCUGCCAUCUACUUCGUGCUGCCCACAGAGGAGAACAUCCAGCGAAUCUGCCAGGACCUGCGCAACCAGCUGUACGAGUCGUACUACUUGAAUUUCAUCUCCGCAAUUUCCAGAAGCAAAUUAGAAGACAUUGCAAGUGCAGCUCUUGGGGCCAAUGCUGUGAACCAAGUCACCAAGGUGUUCGAUCAGUACCUGAACUUCAUCACGCUGGAGGAUGACAUGUUCGUCCUGUGCAACCAAAACAAAGAGCUCAUCAGCUACCACGCGAUUAACAGGCCUGACAUCAUGGACACAGAGAUGGAGGCCAUCAUGGACACCAUUGUGGACAGUCUCUUCUGCUUCUUCGUCACUCUGGGUGCCGUGCCCAUAAUCCGCUGUCCCCGAGGCAACGCGGCGGAGAUGGUGGCUGUGAAACUGGACAAGAAGCUGCGUGAGAAUCUGAGAGACGCCAGAAACAGCCUGUUCACCGGGGACACCAUGGGAGCCGGUCAGUUCAGCUUCCAGAGGCCGCUGUUCGUCCUGGCCGACCGCAACCUGGACUUGGCGACCCCUCUGCACCACACAUGGACCUACCAGGCCCUGAUCCACGAUGUUCUGGACUUCCACCUGAACAGGGUCAGCAUGGAGGAGUCGGUAGGGUCGGAGGCGUCUCCAGCGGGGGCACGGCCCAAGAAGAAGAAUAAGAAGAGCUACGACCUCACUGCCGCCGACAAGUUCUGGCAGAAACACAAGGGCAGUCCUUUCCCUGAGGUUGCGGAGUCCGUGCAGCAGGAGCUGGAUACGUACCGGGCCCAGGAGGACGAGGUGAAGCGGCUCAAGAGCAUCAUGGGGUUAGAGGGAGAGGAUGAAGGAGCCAUCAGUAUGCUGUCUGAUAACACCGCAAAGCUCACCUCAGCUGUCAGCUCCCUGCCAGAGCUCCUGGAGAAGAAGAGGCUGAUAGACCUCCACACCAACGUGGCCACAGCCGUGCUGGACCACAUCAAGAGCCGAAAGCUGGACGUGUACUUCGAGUACGAGGAGAAGCUGAUGAGCAAAUCCACCCUGGACAAGUCCUUACUGGACAUGAUCAGCGACCCUGACGCCGGGACGCCUGAGGACAAGAUGCGCCUCUUCCUCAUCUAUUACAUCACUUCCCAGCAGCCCCCGUCAGAGGCUGACCUGGAGCAGUAUAAGAAGGCUCUGACAGACGCCGGCUGUGACCUUUCACCCCUCAACUACAUCAAGCAGUGGAAAGCUUUCACCAAGAUGGCAGCUGCACCCGCGAACUACGGCAGCAGCGGGGUGAAGCCCAUGGGCCUCUUCUCCAGAGUGAUGAACACGGGGUCUCAGUUCGUCAUGGAAGGAGUGAAGAACCUGGUGCUGAAACAGCAUAACCUGCCUGUGACUCGCAUCCUGGAUAACCUCAUGGAGAUGAAAUCUAAUCCAGAAACUGAUGACUACAGAUAUUUUGACCCAAAGAUGCUGCGUGGCAGUGAGAGCUCCAUCCCCAGGAACAAGAACCCCUUUCAGGAGGCCAUUGUGUUUGUAGUUGGAGGAGGCAACUACAUUGAAUAUCAGAACCUUGUUGACUACACCAAGGCGAAGCAGGGGAAACGGGUUCUGUACGGCUGCAGUGAGCUCUUCAACGCCGCCCAGUUCAUCAAACAGCUUUCCCAGCUCGGCCAGAAUUGAAGCUUCAGAAAUGGCUCCUUUUUCAGUGCUGAACUGCAAUGAAGACCCGAGUGAAAAGAGGGCGAGCCGAGCUGACCUGCGUCUCCCCAGAUGCUCCAGCUGCAAUUCCAUACAUUUGAUAGCGUUUACUAAUCGAAUUCCUUGGUUCAACUCCAUCACUGUACACAAGCAAAAAAUAAAGUUUAACUAUCGUACACAUCAUGGUCUUAUUGUCUAAAGUUGGCAGUCCAUUCCUCACCAAGAUUUUUGUCUGGCUAUAGUUAUAUUUUGAAGUUAAUCUUCGGUCACCUAAAAUAGUCUCUAUAUUCAAUUUUGCUGUAUUAAUACUUCCCAUAUGUUAUCCUAAAUGUUCCACUGUUUAUUGUCAUGAGAUGUACAUUUGUUUUCAGAGUAAAAGAUGUGAUUUACAUCAAAUGAAUACCCAAUUUGCAUUUUUUAUGUAAUUUUUUAAUUUUAUUUUCAUUGGUAAUGUUGCACUGAAAUGCCAUAUGCACUCUCCUCUACAUGGUCUCAUUUUAAACAAUCCGAACUUCAUUCUGCGGGGACGGCAGCCAUGUCAGCGUACCCACACUAAACCUGUGCAUUGCUCUGGAAAAGGGGACGUGUGAAGUGUGUAUAAGUAAUAACAACAGCUGGAUUUCAUGAUGACACCGCGUACUGCUUGUGCUCCUCU